GUCGAUUCCAAUUAGGACGACGACGGCAGAGGUUGUGCAGCACACACCCCCAACACGAGCGUAUGUGAGCCGACAACAACUCCCAAGGAUGCAGGCAGACGAAAUGGAGAGCUCCAUGGAGUCCCCCAACCUGGAGUUUGAGUACGGGGACAUGGACAUGCUACCAGCGGAGCUAUCAGAGCUCUACAGCUACACAGAGGAGCCGGAGUUCGCCCUCAACAAGGACUACUUUGAGGAGGACUUCAAGAGUCAAGUGCGCGGGCGGAGGUGGGUGGAGCUGAGCGUGGAGGAGCAGCGGGCCUACGUGAUGAGGCUGCUGGACGCCCUGGAGGUGACCGACCGCGACAAGAGGCUGAAGGUGGCCCGCGCCAUCCUCUACCUGGCCCAGGGUGUGUACGACGAGUGCGACUCAGACGUGGACGUCCUCUACUGGGCCAGACACAACGUCUUCCUGCUCUACCACAUGGGCGUGUUCACCGCUCUGCUGGAACUCCUCAACAUGGAGAUAGAUAACAGCCAGGCGUGCAGCAGUGCGGUACGGAAACCUGCCAUCUCCCUCGCUGACAGCACAGAACUCCGUGUGUUGCUGAGCAUCAUGUAUCUGAUGGUGGAGAACAUUCGCGUUCAGACGGAGGACGACAGACCUGAGUGGAUCGCCGCCAGGGAGACCUUCAGGAUUGAGCUAGCCGCUCCCAUGUGCAACGGGGAGCCCUUUGCUCUGCUCCUCUUCACCAUGGUUACCAAGUUCUGCAGCAUGAACGCCCCGCACUUCCCCAUGAAGAAGGUUCUGCUGCUGCUCUGGAAGACUGUACUGUUCACCCUGGGGGGCUUCGAGGAGCUCCAGGCCAUGAAGGUGCGUGGCCGGGCGCGCCUGCAGCUGCCCCCGCUGCCGGAGGACAGUAUCCGGGUGGUGCGCGCCAUGCGGGCGGCCUCCCCCCCCGCCUCGGCCAUGGAGCUCAUCGAGCAGCAGCAGCAGCAGAAGAGGGGCCGGCGUAGCCGCAGGAGUGCCUUUGUUGAUAGCUUGGAAGGCGACAGUCCCUUUGCCAAGAAGCAGCCCCUGGUGAAGCAGGACAGCCUGGACACCUACAACGAGCGGGACCCCUUCAAGAACGAGGAGGCCCGCGACGAAGACGAGGACCCCGAGGACUCGGACAGCGGCAUCGAGGGCGAGGUGGACCCCCUGGACCGCGACGUCAUCAUCCAGCCCCCGCCCCCCCCGCCCCCGCUGCGCCCCCCCACCGAGAGGCUCAACUUCCCCAAGGGCCUGCCUUGGGCGCCCAAAGUCCGGGAGAAAGACAUCGAGCACUUCCUGGAGACCAGUCGUAACAAGUUCAUCGGCUUCACCUUGGGAAACGACAUCGACACGCUGGUGGGUUUGCCCCGGCCAAUCCACGAGAGCGUCAAGACUCUCAAACAGCAUAAGUACGUGUCCAUCGCUGAGGUGCAGAUAAAGAGGGAACAGGAGCUCCAGAAGUGCCCAAUGACACUGGGGGAGGAGGAGGUGGAGGAGACCCCAGCAGAGAUCCUGUACCUGGGCAUGCUCCCCAACCUCUCCCAGUAUGUGAUCGCCCUGCUCAAGCUGCUACUGGCGGCCGCCCCCACCUCCAAGGCCAAGACGGACUCCAUCAACAUCCUGGCUGACGUGCUUCCCGAGGAGAUGCCCAUCACGGUCCUGCAGAGCAUGAAGCUGGGCAUCGAUGUGAACCGCCACAAGGAGAUCAUCGUGAAGGCCAUCUCCGCCCUGCUGAUCCUGCUGCUCAAACACUUCAAGCUCAACCACAUCUACCAGUUUGAGAUCGUCUCUCAGCACCUGGUGUUCGCCAACUGUAUCCCCCUCAUCCUCAAGUUCUUCAACCAGAACAUCAUGUCCUACAUCAGCGCUAAGAACAGUAUCUGUGUGCUGGACUUCCCCCACUGUGUAGUCCAUGAGCUGCCAGAGCUCACAGCAGAGAGCCUGGAAGCCGGAGACAACAACCAGUUCUGCUGGAGGAACCUGUUCUCGUGCAUCAACCUCCUCAGGAUCCUGAACAAGCUGACCAAGUGGAAGCACUCCAGGACCAUGAUGCUGGUGGUGUUCAAGUCGGCCCCCAUCCUGAAGAGGGCGCUGAAGGUGAAGCAGGCCAUGAUGCAGCUGUACGUGCUGAAGCUGCUGAAGAUCCAGACCAAGUACCUCGGCCGGCAGUGGAGGAAGAGCAACAUGAAGACCAUGUCGGCCAUCUACCAGAAGGUCCGCCACCGGCUCAACGACGACUGGGCCUACGGAAACGACAUCGACGCGCGGCCCUGGUACUUCCAGGUGGAGGAGUGCGACAUGCGCGAGAGCAUCGAGAAGUUCAACAGCCGGCGCUACGACCGCAGCCGCGGCGGGCCCGCCGGCGGGGAGUUCACGCCGGUGGACAACUGCCUGCAGAGCGUGCUGGGCCAGCGGGUGGAGCUGCCCGAGGACUUCCAGUACAGCUACGAGCUGUGGCUGGAGAGGGAGGUGUUCUCCCAGCCCAUCCAGUGGGAGGGCCUGCUGGAGAGGCCCUGAUGGUGGAGGAGGAG